AUGCCUCGGCAAGAAGGCCAAGGAACACCGCAAUCAGAAAGGGGUAUUGCUACUAACGAUUUUUACGCUCCUUCAACCCAAUCUCCUAGCCAGGAUGGAAAAUCGGUAGCUUCCUACGGAGCCUUAAAGCCACGCCAGAUCACCAUGGUCGCCAUUGGCGGAGCAAUUAACACGGGCUUGACGAUCUGCGCAGGAAAUGCACUGUCCAAGGCCGGGCCUGCGUCGAUCUUGAUCUCUUAUACGGGGGUUGGAAUAAUCGUUUAUCUGGUCCUCUGCGCCCUAGGAGAGGUGGCUACGUGGUCCCCCGAGCCAUCUAUGACGGACCAUGCUGCUCGACUCUGUGAUCCAGCACUUGGAUUCACAUUGGGCUGGAUAUAUUGGUUUAAAUUCAUGGUUGUCAUCCCCAACCAGCUAGCAGCCGGGGAGUUGUUGAUAGCAUAUUGGCAAGUAAACGAAGCCAAGUACUCCGUGUUCUGGACCACGGCCUUUUUGGGCGUGAUAAUCGCCGCCAAUUCUCUGUGCAGUCGAUACUUGGGAAAGUACGAAGUCAUGCUGUCGUUCUUCAAGGUUUUGGUAAUGUCGGGGCUUAUGGCUUUGUCCGUCGUCCUUGCACUGGGGGGAGGCCCAGACCGCGAUAUGAAAGGAUUUCGCUACUGGAGGGACCCGGGAGCCUUUGCCAAUGGUACAGGAGGUGCCGUGGCAGGUACCAUACGCGCCAUCUGCAGGACAGUCCCCUCCGCUACGCUCGCCUAUCUUGGAAGUGAACUAAUGGGAAUGACAAUCCUGCGCACCCAAAACCCCCGAAAAGCUGCGGGUCGGGCGAUCAAAGUAACCUUCUACCGCAUCUUGGUUUUCAACAUCGUCAAUAUCACGCUUCUGGGGAUGCUAGUCCCCCAUGACACCCACAUCAUAGCAUUCACCCAAAAAGCCUCUCAGCCGCGUACGGCCUCGGCUUUCGUAGCGGUUGCUCAGUCUGCUGGUCCCACGGUGAUUCCUCACCUUCUGAACGCCUGUCUGCUCCUCUUCGUGCUAUCGGCUGCAAAUCAAGCUCUUCAAAUGGCAAGCAUGACACUGUACGGACUUUCCUUGGACAAGAACGCGCCUUCAUUUCUAUCGCGUACUAAUAGGAGGGGAAUUCCCAUCUUCGCCUUGGGUAUGUGCUCUGCCGUGGCCUGCUUGGCGUACUUGAACAUCUCGAGUGGUUCCAAAAGGCUAUUCGAAUACUCGGUUAACUUGGUCUCCAUGUUCAGUAUCCUUACCUGGGUUUCAAUCCUUGUGAUACAUUUCUCAUUCAUACGGGCUCGUAAAGCUCAAAAGAUCACCGAUGAAGUCCUAACAUUCAGGGCACCACUGGGGCUGUUUGGUUCGUGGGUUGCGUUGGUAGCAUGUGUUCUGGUCACCAUCAUACGUGGGUUUGACUUCGUCGACCGUGAAUACUACCCUAAAGGAGUAGACCGCAUAGCGUUUGUCACAUCCUUUAUAGGCAUUCCACUCUACAUCACCCUGGUUGCUGGGUAUAAGAUCGGCACCAAAAGCAAACACGUACACCCACAGGACGUUGAUAUGGGAUCCCUGACCCCCAUCCCUGGGCCGCACGGUGCGGAUCGCAGUCCCAUGGGACAAACAGAGCCGGAGCCAGUCCCAUUGAGUCGGGCAUGA